GACCCAAACAGCUGCGGGCAGGGGUCCUACGAGCGCCGCUGUCCGUUGGAAUGACGCCGGCGGACGGUUAAUCAGCUGAUUGAAGCAGUCUGACCAAAAUAACGCCGUUUUUAACUGUCAAAAGGCGUUUAACGGUCCUCGACAAGUAACCAUACUCUGCUCGGAUAGUAUUGUCAUGCUUUAUUUGGACUUUAAUCAUGGACAAGAUUUUGGAGGCCCUCAUCAGCUCCAAUCAUUCUGUUCCAGUGAAAAAGGCCAUCGUGAAGAAGGUUGUGGAGGCAGCAGAGAAAGAGGUGACAGAGGAGCAAUGCCAGGCACUGUACACUCUCACAGCCCGCUUCAUCUUACUGGGUGAAGAUGCCUUUCAGAAACAGGUGGGAUUCCAAGUUCUGGAAGCCUAUGCUCGCUACCACCGGCCUGAAUUUGAACGUUUUUUCAGUAAAGACUUUGUACUCGGUCUGCUGCAGCAGGGCUAUGGCCAGCUGGACCGCAAAGACCCAGCCAUUGUGGACUACAUUCACUGCUCACUGCGGCUGCUCAUCAGCUGCCCGUCAGUGCUGGAGAUCUUCAGCAUCAUCCAGGUGGAGGUUUUGAGGAUGGUGUGUGAGCGCCCCGAGCCUGCUCUCUGUGCUCGUUUAAGCACUAUGCUGUCAGACUUUGUGCAGUGCAUCCCAAGGGACAAGUCAGCCAUUUUGUUCUGCCAGCAGCUGGUGAGGACCAUCAGUUACUUCCACUGCCUCGCCAACCAAGAGCGGGAACUGAGGGAGUAUGUGGGCCAGGUGACUAAGGUCAGCACACUGCUGCAGAACAUCUGGAAGGCUGACCCAGCCACUCUGCUGCCCUCACUGCAGGAAGUCUUCGCCAUCAUCUCCUCCACAGACCCCUCCUUUGACCCAUCCAUUGCCCUAGCCAGUCUGGUCCAGCACAUCCCCCUCCAGAUGAUCACAGUGCUUAUCAAGAGCCUUACCACAGACCAGAAUGUCAAAGAUGCCAGCAUGACAAAGGCACUCUGCAGGAUGAUAGACUGGCUUUCCUGGCCUCUGGCCCAACAUGUUGACACCUGGGUCAUUGCUCUGCUGAAAGGACUGGCUGCAGUUCAGAAGUUCACCAUCCUUAUAGAUGUGACUCUGCUCAAGAUUGAGCUGGUCUUCAGUCGUCUGUGGUACCCUAUUGUGCGGCAGGGGGCACUGGCUGUGCUCUCGCAUAUGCUGCUAAGUUUCCAGCACUCUCCUGAGGCCUUCCAUUUGAUCAUCCCACAUGUGGUGCAUCUAGUCCAGUCCUUGAGGACGGAUGGCCUCCCCACCAGUAAGGCUUUUUUGCUGCAGUUCACUGAGUUCAUACACUGUAUGAUGUACCAGUUCUCUGGCUUCCCCGACCUCUAUGACCACAUAUUAGAGGCCAUCAAGGAUCUCCCAAAACCUGGUGAAGAGAAGAUCAAGAUGGUUUUGAAUCAAAGUGCCUGGACAUCCCAGUCCAAUUCAAUUGCCUCUGGUCUGCUGAGGCAAACUGGGAAGUCUGAGACAGGCAAAACUGGCCUGGUCAACCUGGGGAACACCUGCUACAUGAACAGCAUCAUCCAGACCCUCUUCAUGGCCACUGAUUUCAGGAGGCAUGUCUUAUCGUUGCAUCUAAAUGGUUCCAACACACUGAUGAAAAAGCUUCAGCUGCUCUUUGCAUUCCUUGCACACACUCAGAGGGCAGCAUAUGCCCCCAGGAAUUUCUUUGAAGCAUCCCGACCUCCGUGGUUCAAUGCAGGCUCUCAACAGGACUGCUCUGAGUAUCUCCGCUUUCUCCUAGACAGGUUACAUGAAGAGGAGAAAACUCUUCAAGUUCUGGAAUCAGCCAACCCAAAAGUUGCUUCCCUUGGAGUCACAGCCAGCAAAGACUCAGGGGGUCAGACUUCCACUACAGAGGGACAUGAAGAGUCACCUUUGACUCCAGUGGAAACAAAACCAGGGCAUGAUAGGAGGACUCUGAUAGAAAGGAUGUUUGGUGGGAGAUUAAGUGCAAGUAUUCGCUGUAUGCAGUGCAACAGCAUCUCUAGGAAAGAGGAGCCCUUUACUGACCUCUCUUUGGCCUUUUGCCCCUCUACCACGUCCCAGGGGGCUCCUCAAACUGAGGGGCCCUCAGAGGAACCCAAGGGUCUCUGUCAAGGAUCUGUUAAUGGUGGCAGUGAAAUUCCUGAACAAGGCUUGGUCAAACCCUCAGCCAGCAGUGUCCAUUUUGUGCCAGCAACAAAUGAAUCACCUCUCUCUGUGCCAGACCUGGUAAACUAUUUUCUGGCUCCAGAAAUCCUCGAUGAAGAGAAUGCCUAUUUCUGUGAGAAGUGUUCCUCACUCCAGCGGGCAGAGAGGACCAUGAAAGUGGUGGCAGCACCAGAGUACUUGAUCCUCACCCUGUUGCGAUUUGCUUAUGAUGCCAAAUGUCAUGUCCGCAGGAAGAUUCUGGACAAUGUCACUAUCCCACCACUCAUGAGACUUCCUGUGCAUGCCCCUUCAUCGCCCAGAAAUUCCUCCUCUUCCACCUCUUCUCCGCUGCAAGUGGAUUCUCCUGAGAGCAGUGAGAACUUGGCUAAGAAGCUCAAGCCAUCACAAAAAGAUGAGGAGGAAGAGGAGAAAGAGAGAAUAGGCAGGGCAGAGCAGAUAAAUAAAGGAGGAGAAUUGCCAGUUCAGUCAGUACCCUAUGUCCUUAGCUCAGUGGUGAUGCAUUCUGGGAUAUCAUCAGAAAGUGGCCACUACUACUCCUGUGGUCGUAACGUUAAUGGGGCAGAUGGAACACAACAUCCAGCCAAUUACUUUGCCCUGGAGGAGGAUUUAGGGAAUGGCCAGGCAGAACGAAGCCUCUCCACUUGCUCCGCUCUCUCAACUCAACCCGAACAACGAGAGACACUACUUAAUGGUGGCCAGGAGGCAAAGGAUUGGCUGCUGUUUAAUGAUAGCAGAGUGACAUUCACAUCCUUCCAAUCAGUGCAGAACAUUACUAACCGUUUCCCCAAGGACACAGCUUAUGUUCUCAUCUACAGGAAACAGGAGCUAACAGGACAGAACAUUGAUGGGGGACAGACCGCUAACAGAAUGAGAUUGAAUGCUGAGCCUCCCCUGCAGAAAGAACUCCUGGAUGCUAUUACCAAGGACAACAAGCUGUACUUACAGGAACAGGAGCUUAAUGCUCGGACCCAGGCUCUCCAGGCCCCCUCAUCCUCCUGUUCAUUCAGACCACAUGGUUCAGAUGACAAUGAUCCACCGGGGAGCUGUGGCCCCUCUGGUGGUGGAGGAGGCGGAGGAGGCUUCAACACCGUGAGCAGACUUGUCUUCUGAAAGAAAAAGGCUAGAAGAGCCCGAGAGGAACUGUCAGAAACAGUCCUGGGUCACUGUGGACAGGAGUCUGGACUCUCAUACCAUUGAUGUGAACAUAACCUCAUUAAUAAAGCACUGAAGAUAUCUGAGAAAACACACACACAUACACAAAUACACUCACCAGUGUUAAUUUUGUCCCUUAACCAGAUUUCUUUUUAGUCCUUAAAUUUUGGGCUAAAAUUUUGUUUUAAUAUUUUUAAACAUAGUUUAUUUUUCUAUAGAUUUAGUUAUUGAAAUCACAACAUUUUAGUCUAACUUACAGUACACUUAAAUGCAAAAUGGAAUGGAAAAAUAUGGCCAAAUAUAAUUUGAUGUUUUUAAAAAAGCAGUGUGAAUGACCAUUGGUCUCUUACAAAUUUUAGUCCCUUUGCAUUUUCUUUCUAGUAAUUGUAGGUCACAUUAAAUGAUUUCCAUCAAAGUAUAGUCAUACAAAAAGAUUGUUGAAAAAUAUCCUUUAUCAUAAUUUAUUAUAAAAUUAACACUGAUACACACACACACACACACACACACGUGCAUGAGCAGUGCACACUACAGACUUGAGAAUGCACACAGAUAUAAGACAGAGACUCUUGUCGUGGUUCUGUAACAACAGCUCUCAACUCUCCUCAAGUUGAAACUUGAUUUACUUUCCGAUUUGCAUGCAGCCUUUCUUCGGGAGAUAUCGGGAGAGGGUUUGAUUUUUUUUUUUCAAAGAUAUUUGGAUAUUUGUAAUAUUUGUGUUUUGCCAUUUCAUAUCACAUGCAAUAAAUUUACCUUUGACUUAAAGAUUAAUUCUAAUAAUAAUCAAUUUAAUAGUCAAUUGAACUCUAUGAAUACUGUAUAUUAUAUUUAGAAUUAACAUGACAAAGGCAUUUUCAAUAUUAAGAUAUUUAAACCGAUUUUCACUCUGUGUUUGUUGGUGUGAUUUACAGAGAACAUAAAUGCAUACGAAUAUUUUAAGUAAAAUUCUUUUGACUGCAGUUACAAUUUGACAACAUUUUAAUGGAUUAUUCUAAUUUGUUCAUUCAGGGAGACAUUUUGUUCAUGCUGAUUUAAUGUGCCUUUUGAUAUUUAAUGCAAAUUUUGAAAGAGGAAUUUGUGAGGAUAUACACCUCAGUUUUGCUGUACAGUAUUGAUAUCCAGUGUAAAUGCUUUACCCUUCCCUACAGUAAAUAUAAAUUGG